CGCACCGCACACAGGGGAGGAGAGCGAGGGAGGGGGAGCUGGCCGCAGGCGGGCAUGGCGGCCCCCGACAUCUCGGCGGAUGACACCCGCAGGGAGCUCGUGCUGGGGUGGAUCGGCGUGUUGACGGCAGGGGCAGUGAUCCUCUUCCCGCUGUAAGUCCCUCGAACUCUGCUCUCUGCUCCUGCUCUCCAUGCUGUCCGAUUUCGCCGCCGCGUAGGAAGCCGCGCCCCUCGACUCUGGCCCCGUCGGCGUCCGCCUCCACCGGCCCGUGGCCGGCGGCCUGAGUAGAUCCCGAUGGCGCUCCUCCCGCGGCGUGCUGCUCUCGAUUCCUGGCCGGCCGCGAAACCCUUAGUUACAUGUCCGCAGCCGGUGAAGGCCGCGCCUCCUCCUCCAUGUCCGCGGCCGGUGAAGGCCGCGCCUCCUCUGCUGCGUAUGCUCGCCGCUGGCAAGGGCAGUACUUUUUUUUGUUCAGUCUGAAAAUUAGUUGCGCAAGAACAGAUCGGUCCAGGAGGCGCUAACCAGGGAGACGUCGCUGUCGGACCUAGCGAAGGGGUUAACGACCUAGCAUAUGAUCCCGGAGCUGACAAAAAUUGCAGCGAUGCUAGAUGAUGUUCAGCUUCAACAUGACCAGCAGGAUGAAAUUAGCUGGCAGCUCUCGCCUGAUUGUGCAUAUUCCGCAUGCUCGGCGUACUUGAUUCAGUUUGAGGGAUCAACCCCCCUGGAGGGAUACCAACUCAUUUGGUCGGCCUGGGCUCCGGGGCAAUGUUGUUGUUUUUUCAUUUGGACUGCCAUCUUAGGGAAGAUCCUGACAGCUGAUGCCUCUCUGCUGCGUAGGCUCGCCGUUAGUCGACGGCUCGACGCAGCCACGCGGCUGCUGGGUAGGACAGGACCAUUUUUGGUAGCGAUCCUUCCUUCCUACUUGUUCAUUGUACAAUGUUGUUCCUUAGUUGAUAAAUUUUAGUAUAGAAGAUAUUGCUGGGCAGUACUUGCUAUUUUUGUGUGGAAAGUAUAUACCCUGAUUAUCGUUUAGGAGUACCGUGAACAAGUACUGCCCAGCAAAGGAGUAAUAAGUAGAAAUCACCAAACGAUCUAACUAACAAAAGUAGCCAGCUUGUGUUGGGCCAGGUUACACUCUUAUUUUACUAAUAGUCCUGCACCAACAUGAGCUUUUUCUCGCAUUGUUUCGGCGUAUUGGCUCAAGAAGACUAGUAGCCAAUCCGGCCCUGCUUGAUUCUAUCGUUGGGCAAGAUCAAGUGACUCCUCUUUUCAUUUCCCAACGCGCUGGCCAUUGUGCAUGAAACUGUUGCAUGAUAAUCAUACUCUGCUUCACUUGUUUGCAAGAUAUGAUUUCCGCACAAGGUUCAAUAGGUCCUCCUUACUGUUGCUUGUGUCAUUUGAGGCCCCUUCCCUACUUUCAUUUUGUUUCAAGUCAAGGCUUAAUUUGUAGGCGCUGCGAAUGGUAAAACACACAUUCUUAUGCAAACUCCACGCUAGUUGAUCUUAUGUUGACUGAGCAGGGACCUUUAUUUUGUUUAUUUUUGUGCAUGCCUUUAUUCUGCCUACCAUGUUUGCAAAUUGUAAUAGCGUGUUGACACCAAUAUAUAGUUUGUACUGUAGUUGUUAUUCUUCAUCUUAACAUGUUUAUGUUUGUGCACAUGUCCCUCGAGGCACGCCGACGUUCUUGGCGAUCAAGAGGACGCACCUGGUCGGGACAGCGGAGCCAUACUCCUGCAUUGCUGUCAUAUUCAACUCGGCAAUGUGGUUGAUGUAUGGCAUCCCCACCAUCCGCGAGUUUGUGAACCUGCCGGUGAUGAUAGCAAACGGGGUCGGGAUUCUAGUUGAGCUGUUCUAUAUUUACGUCUUCAUCCGACACGCCGUUGGCCGCCGGCGCAAACCGGUUUUCGUUCUGCUUGCUUCGAGCGUGGUGAUCUUCACUGUACUUGGGGUCUUCCUAGGGAUGACUGUGUACCGGCACAAGUGGCCGUGUACCUUUGUGGGAGACUUGGCAGCUAUUUCAGGCGUCGUCAUGUACCUCAUUCCUAUCAUUAACACGAUUAAAGGGAUCUGGAACCGCGACCUGACACGCUUGUCAUGGUGGCAGCCCUUUGCGGCCCUGGCUAAUGGGUCCAUAUGGACGGCUUAUUCACGUGUUGGCCGAGUGAGGAUGUUCAUUCUUGUGCCAAGCAUUGCAGCCAUCUGCUCGGCCGUUUUCCAGGAGAUCUCGUGGUUUAUCGUGUACUUCAGAGGGCCGCCGCCUGCGCCAGUGCCACCACCACCGCCAACGCCACCGCCAAGUUCUGACAUUGAGUUGCCGCCACAUGCGGCUGCCGGCACCAGGGUUCAGGGAGGAAACGGAGGCAGGGAGGAGCUAGGAGGAGGCGACAGGGUUCAGGGAGGAGAGGCAGGCACGGAGCAGCUAGGUGGAGGCGACGGUGGACAGGGAGGAGAGAAAGGCAAGGAGCAGCUCGAAGCACAAGUCAGUGCCGAGGGGCAACAACAGCUGUCCUCUGCCGUCGGCCCGCCUGCGCCUGAAGGCGCCAAGCUCCAGGACGUCGCCCUGCCUGCGCCUGAAGACGCCGCGCUCAAGGACGUCGGCGCGCCCAAGGACAUCGCCCCGCCUGCGCCUGAAGACGCCGCGCUCAAGGACGUCGCCCCGCCUGCGCCUCCCGUCGUUGCGCCGCCGCUCCAGCCUCAGGAGGAGGAUGACGAGAUUCCGGAGCAAGACUGAUCGUGUGCGACCAUGGCAUCGCGAUACCACCGUCGCUACCUCAACCCAGAUGAUGCGAACUGACCAAUCCAUCUUGAUUCUAGGAACCAGAAAUGUCUGAUGGCAAUUUUGUUCUGCAGCUGCCACGCCAACAUCCGCGUACAUUUCUCGAGCCUUGGCCUGUCACAAAUGUCAGGAACUGUGUCCUGGCUACUCCUACUUCCUCAUUUAGCUCUGAACAGUCACUGACUGCUUUUUGUAGUGAUGAGAUGCACUGUCGUGGCUCCUAGCUUCGUAUAAAAGCUGGAGAGUGGGAGGAUGGGUGGCACGACAAAUGAA